AUUUUUCUUUUUGAUUUCCAAGGUCUCCAAAAAAUACGACCAUGAAUUGCAUGCAUUGCAUGCAUAUGCCUGACGAUCGUCAGCUAGAAUCUGUCACAAUAUCUCCACAGGAAACAAAGCACACUUUCUGUCCUUUUCCCAAACCAAUCCAAAAUUACUGGCAAACAGUGACGGGACAGGUUCACAAACAAUAAACAAAGUCCACAUAAGCAAUGGCUGAUAACACCACCAAUGGCCAGGGGGUAGCAACAGUGUCCGCCAGCUACAAGGGCCCCUCGGACGACACCUUCGUUGUCAACAGGGAAAUCCCCCUCCCCGCUUCAUCAUCCCAGGCUCCUGGUGAUGGGACGAUGAGUUUGGCAGACAAGACCAAUUUCCUCAAGGAUCUGCGCACAUCCGUCGCUGCGGUGCAGGACCAAGUCAACAAGGAACUUACGCAGCGUAUGGAGGCCGACAAGGCGCGCGAGGCUGGCACUGCUGCUGCUGCUUCUACUACUGUCAAUGAGGCCGAGGAGGAACAAAACUACGGAGAAGAGGUUGUGGAUGAAGAUGCUUGAUGAGAGAGCGCCUGAGAGAAAGCCAGCCGAAAAUAUAUAUAUUACUAGCAAAUUGGCACAAGAUAUAGAUGAUUAUGACCCUAGUGGAAAGAUAUGCCAACAGUCCGAACGCUAUGCUGUCAACAAAAACCCGCCAAAACAAUAACACAACGACACACAACAUGGGGGUGGUAUCAAAGUCGACAAACUGGAACCGAGAACGUCAACUCUCAACACCGAGCAAAGCUCAAUGCCCACCAACACGGCCCCAGCUUGGUCCUCUGGCAUCUCUACCGCCGAACCCACUCCCCAUGCUUGAACCACUGGCCGCCCUACCCAGGCAGCCAUAGUGUACGACCGCAUUGUCCGGCAUGACCGCGACGACGCUCCCACCCAGCCGCUUGUGGCACGUUCCGCAGACUCUCUCCUCCGAUACCACCACCCGCCGGUUACGUCCACCCGUCCCAUCAUCGCCGAGGAGUAGCUUAGACUGCGCGGCGACCAUGGCCGUCUCGCGCAGCUUGGCCACCACCUUACCCUCGUUGAGAACGCUGUUGGCCGACCGGAUCUGACCGCGGAAGUACGCCUUGAGCUCCGAGAUGGGCAGUGAAUCUGGGAUCAGGGACAGCGACGAAGAGGCUGGGAGCCGCGAUCCGUGUUUAGAUAGGAGUUCCAGGGCCGGUCCAAGCUUUGGUGACGGUGCUGGGUCCGACAUUUGGCGUGGCGGGUCGAGGUAUAAUGAGAGCAGGGUAUGGUAGAUUGAAGGCUCGGUCUUUUCUUGGUCGUCCACCGUCCUCAUUGACGAAGAUGGCUCUGCUGCCUCCGGUUCAAGUUUAUGUACACGGUUGCAAUACCUAGGUGUGGUUGUGUUAGUUUAAAUGACUGGAUCCCAGACUUUUCAGGGGAGACUUACUCUUCGGCUCUCGCGUAGUCCUCCAUCUUGAAGACGCAUAUCCUCAAGGCUUCGCGGUGUUGAUCCAUAAGCCUCAGCACAAUGAUUUGUGCCUCGUAAAACGCAGAAUCUAGCACACAGUCGUUAGAUUCAUACAGGAGACACUAUGUUCAGUGCAAAGAUAAUCAACUUACCGUC